AUGGCCGGAAAUCAUCUUCCCUCAGACAUGGUCCUCGCCUACAAACGAUACAAACGAGACACAGAAGCAGUGGCUGGCUGGCUGGCUCAGAAAGCAACACAGCUGGGCUACAUUGCUGCAGCAUCAGCCUCCCUGCCAAAGCAGCCUAAGCUCAAAGGAAGAGCACGCAAGCUUGCCAGAGAUGCCGCCAAACAAGCCCCACCAAUUGAAGCGAAAUACUCCUACGCAGUCAAGACCACUGAAUUCGUGGAAAUGGCACGUAAAGUCGUCAAUGCUCGUCCAAAGAUCAUUCUCAGUCGAUCUCUACGAACAAUGUGGGAACGAGCAAUUCGAGCCAGACGACACUUCAGUGCCUGGUUCAAGUCCAGAGCCAGUACCGAUCCGUUGGCCGACGAAAAACACUCACACUUCACUACUGUAUUAGAAGCCGCCCUCGAGAUCCUCAAGCCAUGCUAUGAGCAACUGGAGACCCCCAAGCAAGACUCCAAAGUGAAACAAGAGUUGGAGGAGACAAAUCUUGAGCAGCUAAACAACAUGUUUCAGCAUCUUGAUGUUGAGGACACAACGUCCGAUGAAGAGUCGGAGCAAGCAGAGCCCACAACCAAAAAACCAGUGCCAUCAACUGCACCACGGGCACACAUCGAUUUCGACGACGAAGAAGCAGAAGCCGAGUUCCUCUUCGCAAUUUGGUCAUUCCUUCAAGAUGUCACAGCAGUCAGAGUAUAUGUGGCCUGCACCUGGCAACUCUAUUCCGCCGGAUCAGUCGAACUCAUGCAGGCCGCCAGCGUCACAAAUCUCGGGGUUGAUCUCGUCCGAAGAGCAGAGGCUGACUUUGAGGCAACCUUACAACGUCCGCCGAAAUAUCCUGCCUCAAAAUUCCCAACAGGGUCCCUUCCAUUCCUCAUUUUUAAGCUCCAUCUGCCAGCUGCGAAUGGAGGGAAUGCACUUGACUUUGAUCCUGACCAGCCGUCGACAAUCAUCAUUUGUGGCUGUGAAAUAUGUGAUAUGCUGAUGUAUAUGCCAUGGGUAAUGGCCAAAAACUAUAUUGAAGUCCUGCAAGAGAUUCCUCCCACGUUUCCAACUUCGAACAACGACUUCCGUGUGGAGGUUCCUGGGUUCUCUCCCGGAAACAUCUUCCAUUCGGAAUACUACCACGCAAAGAACCCUAGCCAAAAGGCCGAAACCCAGUUGCGUGAGAUUUUCCCUACAUGCUGCAUGCUUUCCUUGAUGCUCAGACGUGCUUUUAUCGAGGACGAAAUCCUCCAUGCCGCCCGUCACAUAUUGGAGAACCACAAUGUUCCCUUGUGGGUCAGUUUCGCAUUCCAGAUCCAGCUGGACGUCCAGCGACUUGAUUCCCUCAAAUCCAUUCCGGCAUUCAAAGACUUGAAAGAGACGUUCACAGAGACUAAAUCAAGAUACAAAGGACAUCGGAAGUGGUCAAAAUCUCUCGAAUCCGAGAUCUGGGACCCGUCUUCCGAGGACCAUGUUCAUAGCAUCGUGAAAGAGUUUGGAGACUGGAUUGAAGGGACAAGAUGCGGCAGAGCUGAUCCGUUGGAAAUCAAUUCUAGGCUUGCAGAGGGGGAUGACAUUGCAGCCGCCUUGAACAAUUCAGGCAGGGUGCCGUUGCUCGAACUCUUCCCUUUGACCUGCGGGACGAUGAAGACCGAGAUGACCCUCGAAUGGCACGUCUUGGGUCUCAGACUUGUCAACAACGCCGGUCAUGUAAUCAUGAUCUGCCACCUGUACAAUGCGUUGAGAUCGAUCAAUGAUGAAGCUCCGAUCUGGCCUGACAUGGAGCUAGUUAUCAGGAACCAGGACCCUGCCAGAGUCUUUGUUGGCCCGAGACCAAACAACGUAGAAGACGCGUACAAGCGAAUCUUCCUUGCCAUGGGCAUGUCUGCAGGCAGUCUGGCUCGGGACUCCAGUGGCAUGACAUUCAAGAAGAAGAAUGCUAAGCGACAUGAAUACCAGAAAGCCUCUAUCGCAGGAAACCUCUUCGAUCGGUGGAUGGGAAAGGAGUCGCGCAAGGUUGACGAAGCAGCAUACCGCCUGCAACAGAUGCUGUCUGACGGCAAGUACAAGCAUGAUUUGCUCUACAAACUGUUUGUGCUUCCAAGAUCCGAGUCGGAUGAUGGCGAAGCCUUGUCCAAGCUGGUUCUCCUGAACACGAAGAUGGUUCGGACGCUGGUGAACUUGUCGCAGGGCUUCACUGCCGAAAUGCCCGCCUUCAUGUUUGACUAUUUUUCCAUGGAGCGUCGGUGCUUUUCAAUCUUUCAACAACUGCGGGAGGCGUAUCGCACGAGACUGGAAAAACAUGAUGGCCCUUUCUCGAAACAAGCGGAUAAGGCCAACAAUCCUGUAUCCCUGACCCUCGCAAUCAUGGGCUCGGCACGUGAUGCUGAACAAAUGACACGUAACAUGAGAUCCAACAAGGCCGAGAACAAAGCUUGGGGACCAGCCCUAGCGAAGCACAUCAAGUCUCAGUUGGUGGGAUUCACAGAUGAGAAGAGCCAGGACUUGGUAGAUGAGGUCCUCCAGCUUACCAAGCAAGGCCGUGCUGCUGAGCUGCUUCAGAAGUAUGUGGAUAUCUCUGAGCAUGCCAUGGCUCGAAAUACCUUUCAGCCAAUGCUUGCAACCCUUCAGAAAUUCCUCAAAGCAGGCGAUGGCGACCGAGAGAUCCGGAAACUGCGACAAAGAGUCCGCGACACAAGUCACGGGAUCUUCCUCUUUCGCACUGCUAGUCUUCAGGCGCUCUAUGGCUCGCCCGUAAGUGACGCCUGGAAGGGCAUUGCCAUCCCGGAAGACCACAUCAAGUCGGUGCUAUCGUGCAGCGCAGACGAGCCUGCUCUUGUUGUGUUGACGAUACUAUGCCUACGUCAGAAAAAGGUCAUGUGCGGCGAAGGGGAGGAUUCUCAUGCGGCGAGUCUUUUGAAAGAUUUCAGUGCUCCUGAACUUGAAAAGUACGCUGCGUCGAGGAGGCGUCAGCCAAAGAGUGCGGAAGCAACCGAAGUAAAGGAGGACUGGGAGAAGAUUGCCGACAUCUACGGAAAGGAGGGCCGUGAUGCAAAACACUGA